ACCCGGAUGUAAAAUUGACGUUCCUUCCCCCCGUUCUAUUGCCUGUGCAAAAAACAUGAUAUACAGUGUACACUGUUUUCAAAGCAAAGGCCAGCAAAGAGAGACAGCAGUUAUUCCGGGCUGGUCCGGGCCGGUCCUUUAACCCUGCACAGAAACAGGACCAACCACCACCCGGGGCAAACGUAAAACACCGACACGAGCAUUUAACAGGCUGUUGAAUAUCACGUCGAGUUGGCAAAAAUACCUUAUUUUAUUUUCUGUAUUUUUUAUUUUAUUUUUAUUUUUAUUUUUUAUCUCGGUUUUGUUUAAUUUGGUUAGACGCAGGAGUGAGAAAGGUAAGGAUUUAAAACAACGUUUGUGUCGUGAACAGACAGUGCGCUCUGCGAUUCUACAUUAAAUUUAAAAAUAUGAAAAAUAUUAACACAUUAUAAAGCGAAACCGAUUAAUGCUGUGUGGACAUAAAUAAAAUUGAACUGGCAAUGCCCAUUCCCCUCAAGUUAAACCUAUUUUAAGAAACUACAGUCAGUUCUAUUUCGGGUGCAAUAAUAUCAUUAGCCUAAUGGAUUUUCGGGGUAAGAAGUACGAGAGGGGCAGUAACUGGUCCGACCCAGAGGUGGUAGAGCUGCUGCAACUGUGGUCAGACGAAUCGGUCCAAAUGGAGCUAGAAAGCUGUCUUCGGAACCAGCACGUCUUUAACAGAAUUGCAGAGGUGCUUCGGGAAAAGGGCAUUCACCGAACCGGCGAUCAGUGUCGGGAGAAAAUAAAGAAAAUGAAGCUGGAGUACCGGCGGAUCAAAGACAAUCAGAAGACACUCCGGGGAGGGAGAACGUGGAAGUUUUAUGAAGUGAUGGAGCGGGUUCUGACGAACCGGCCGUCUAUCGCGUACAGCUCCCUGGGAGGCAGUGUGAUUGCCCAUCAGGUGCUGCAGGGUGCUCCCGGAGUGGAGGGCUACCAUCUUCACCCCCAGCACCACCCCGCCUUUGGCUCGCCCCCACCCGGCGCCUUCAUAUUCGGACACCCCCCCAAACUCGGCGAGCUGAUGGAGAUCAAAUGCGAGGAGGUGGACUCCGACCCAUGCAUGACCCCAGAACCCCCGCCGGAGUUAAUGUACCCGAUCGGCUCCGGGGAAGAACCAGAGGGGGACAGAGGGUUAGGACUGGAGCUAGAUGGUACCAUGGGAGAUGGCCGUGGGGAAGGUCAGGCCGAGGCAAGCAUCUCUCCCUCAGGUUUCAGUGAGAGGAACAUGGCGUGCUCGUCGGGUGCCGGUGCCGGGGGUUCUGGGGGAGGCAGUGGUUUCCGAGGGGGGUCGUCUCUGGGUUCCCUGCCUCGCUUGCGGAAGCGUCGGAGGGUAGGUCGUGGACGGGAGCCACUGGACGAGGCCCUGGUGCGGUUCCUGAGCUCGCAGCGUGCUGUGGAGGAGCGCUUCCUGGCUCUGGAGGAGUGCCGGCUGCAGCGGGAGGCCGAGGCAGAGCAGCGUAGAGCCCAGAUGGAGCAGCGGAGGGCUGAGAUGGAGCGCCAGCACGAGUUCCGCAUGUUCAGUGUCUUCACUCACAUGGUGAGCGCACUGCGGCCCGAUCUCUCCCCACCACCCCUUUCCCGCAGGGGCAGAGCCAGGCAGGAGGAGGAGGAGGAGGAGGAGGAGGAGAGGGGAGGGCUGUACCCCCGACCAAGCAGCGACCCCCCCAGGGCUAGCCCCUACCUGUCGAGCCGUGGGAACCAGAUCCGAAACUUCGAGACCAUACUGCAGGAGGGCUACACCAUGUACCACGCUGACAAGCACGACGAGGACAAGAACCCAAGCGGCAUCAUCAACUUGGGAACCAGUGAAAACAAACUGUGCUUUGACCUGCUUUCCAAACGGCUGACUCAGUCUGACAUGUUCCAGAUCGACCCUCCUUUGCUGCAGUACCCUGACUGGAAAGGACACAGUUUUCUGCGUGAAGAAAUCGCCAGGUUUCUUACCUAUUACUGCAAGACACCGGCCCCUCUGAAAGCAGACAAUGUUUUGGUGGUGAAUGGCUGUGGAUCUCUGUUCUCCUCUCUCGCUGCAGUUCUCUGUGAUCCAGAAGAUGGCAUCCUGAUCCCCACCCCCUUCUACGGAGUGAUCACUGGGGACGUCCUUCUCUACAGCAGCGUCAGGCUGGUGCACGUGCAUCUCGACAGCCAGAUGAGUGGCAGUGAUGAGCGCCCCUUUCAGCUGACUGUGGAGAAGCUGGAGAAAGGUCUGGAGGAUGCUAAACAAGAGGGCAUCUCCGUCCGGGUCAUGAUUCUCAUCAACCCCCACAAUCCUCUGGGAGAGAUCUACACACCCACAGAGAUGAAAGAUUUCCUUGAAUUUGCAAAGAGACAUGAACUCCAUGCCAUCGUGGACGAGGUCUACAUGCUGUCUGUGUUUGACGAGUCUGCCACUUUUCACAGUGUCCUCAGCUUCAACAAGAUUCCAGACCCGCAGAGAACACACGUUAUGUGGGGAAUCAGUAAGGAUUUUGCUGCCUCUGGGCUGCGUGUUGGCACUCUGUACUCGGAGAACAAGCAUGUCAUCGAUGCACUGGGGCAGAUGGCCUACUUCCACGGGGUCCCUGGGACAACACAGCACCAAGUGGCCCAUCUGCUUCACGACAGAGACUGGAUCAACCAGGUGUACCUGCAGACGAACCGGGCCCGAUUAAAGGCAUCGCGUCAGUACAUAACCAGCGAGCUGAACUCGCUCAAUAUCCCCUACCUCGACCGUCCGGCUGGGUUCUACAUCUGGGCAGAUUUCAGAAAGUUCCUCAGGGAAGAAACGUUUGAGGAGGAGAUCGCUCUCUGGCGCCAGUUUCUGAACAACAAGGUCCUGCUCAGCUGUGGUAAAGCGUUUGAGUGCAGCAAGCCAGGCUGGUUCCGAAUCAUCUUCACCGACAAGACCUACCGGCUGCAGUUAGGAAUGCAGAGGCUAAGGGAAGUUCUGGAUGAUCGGAAUCUAGAUAACCAAUUAGACGGCCUGAAGAAAUCGAGCCAAUCAGAGAUAAAAACGAAGCCCAGUCCGUCAGAAGACAAAAAGAAGCCUAGCCAAUCCGAAGAGAGGAGAAGUCUUGGCAAAUCAGAGGACAAGAAAACUGCUGUGCAUUCAGGUCCUGAUCACGCACUUGACUGCAGCAACGAUGAUAUUGUGGAAGACACCCUCCAAUCAGCACCCUCCACCGGAGGACUGGACAGCCUCAUUGGUGUUCUCAGGCAGCAGAUCCGCUCCUCCGAUUGGCUGGAAAGGAACACCCCGGAAUUGUUUGCACAUGAGAACCCAGAAGUGUUUGAGGUGUUUAACAAACUCAUAGAGAGAUCAAAAGAAUGAAAUAAAAAGGAAAGGGAGAUUUUAUCCAUAUACUGAUAUAAAGAACAGACAGACUUCUAGUAACAUCGAAAUGCUGCUCUGGAACAGACACAUUUUUAAGAUUGUAUUACAGAAUUAUAGCUUUACAUACAGUGUUACUGGUUUUCAGUUAUAAACAAUACAAUUAAAAACACCAUCUAAUGGCAAAAUGUUUGAAAGAAAUUUAUUUUUAUUUCUUUUUUUAAUUUGCAAUCGGCAAUUGUUUUUUUUAAACCAUUUUCUCCCCACUUUGAAAUGCCCAAUUUUAAGCAUGGGUCACUGCUGCAACCCCCGCACUGACUCAUGUCAUCAGCCGUCCACUUCUUUUCGCUCUGCAGGCCCGCCGUGCAGCUACCUCAGAGCUACAGCGUCGGAGGACCAUGCAGCUCUGGGAUGCUUGCAGACAGGCCCGCAGGCGCCUGGUCAGUCUACAGGGGUUGCUGGUGCGCAGUGAGCCGAGGACACCCUGGCCGACCUAAGCCCUCCCCACCACCGGAUGGUGCUCGGCCAAUUGUGCACUGCCCCCUGGCAUCCUGCACCACUCGGGAGCCCCCUGAAAGAUUUUUAAACUACAAACUUACCUGUAGAUUUGUUAUCAAAUCUACUCCAAAAGGAAAGGUGAACCUUGAUCUAAAUUUUGGCUUAGAUGAGGAUAUUUUAAUAGAUGAAUUUGAAGAAGACUUUACAAAGCAGCGGGUCUGAAGACUGCACUUCUCUGCACCCAGCUCACCUUUCAGAAUGGACAUGCUCCGUACUGCCUAAACAGGAGAUUACUGUGCAGUACCUGCAAAUGAGCUAGGGGAGCUGCAGUGUGUUCUAUUGAUGUCUUAUAGCAAAUAUGAACAUUCAGGGCAUAAACAAAAUAUGUCAUGAAACAUUGUAACACACUGUACAGUAUUUCUUGUCAUGACAUCCUUUAUAAACAUAAUUUCAACUGGUUAUCUGUUUGUAUUUUUACACUUUCUUAGUUUCAUGAACCCUGUAUUUUUUAUUUUCCUCAAGAAGUAUUUGUUACAUGAGUCAGAUCACACCCUGUUGUAAGAAAGUGCUUUGAUCUGGAAAAUAUACAUUGGAAAAUACAAAACGA